AUGCUAUCAACGAUAGGAUCUGGAGGUUUUGGGACAGUAUAUCGUGUUAAGGAUAAAUCCAAUACAAUAUCUGCCGUAAAACGGGUUAUUUUUGAAUUGAUAGAGGAUAACGAUAAGCAAAAAGUAUACCGUGAAGUGAAAAGUCUGGUGAAAGUAGAGUCAGAAUACGUGGUUCAGUACAUCAACUCGUGGAGGGAAACGGAUUGUCUGUACAUUCAGAUGGAGUGGUGUUCGGAAAGCCUAUCAAAUAUACUAAAACUCAAGGCACUGGUAUUUGAUAGAAAUUUAGGCGAAGAACCUAUGGAUCUGUACGAGUACUACAUAUCGUGUGAAAUAUUCCGUGAAAUUCUGGAAUGCGUUCAGUAUUUGCAUGAAUUGAAUCCACAGAUAAUUCACAUGGAUCUCAAACCCGACAACAUACUGAUCACUAUUCACGACAAACGCGUUCACUUCCGUACGGCUAAUAAACAUACAUCAGGUGUGGGCACACAAAGGUAUAUCGCACCCGAGGCCUGA